GAUUACAACGUAAAUAAAAAAAAUUCAAUAAAUCAAGAAGCUGUUGAUUUUGAUAUUGAUUUGUUGUAGCAAUCGUCGUAUUACGUUCCACUGAUAUUGCGGAAAGUAAACAUAUAGCUGAUAAAAGGUCAAUUAGGUCAGAAAAUUUAAUGAAAAAUUUAUAGUGGGAGAAUCCCUAGAAGUGUUUGAUCAUAUCCAAAUACAUUAGAAUAUCUCAAAGUGAAGUAAUAAAGCAUCAUCUAUAUAUAAUUUUCAAACGUCAGAAUAUGUUCAGUUUCUAUUUAUCGUUCAUUAACUGAGGUCACAACAUGUUUGCAUCAAUUAGUGAUCGAAAAAUUAUUUCUAUUAUUGUGUAUGCUGCUAUAAUUUUAAUUGUUAGUGAUAUCGAUGUAAGUGAAGCAAAAUGGGGAAGAUCUGGCGGGGGGCGUAUAAGCAGUUCUCGAGGAAGUUUUGGAGGAAGUAGAUCAUCAGGUAGAUCGAGAACUCCAGUUUCUCGUCCACCCGUUUAUCAUCCACCUCCACCUCGUCCUCCUUCUCGACCAUCUUAUCCAAGUGCACCACCCAUAAAUCAUCCAAUUUCUCAUCCUCCUAUAUCAUCUCCUCCACAUCCGAAGCCUUCAGCUCCUAAUUCGCCGCCAUUAAAUUCUAAAGAUAGCAGUAACAUUUUUAUACAUCAAGAAGGAGGAGGUCGUCCCAAACCUCCUCUUAAUCAUGAUGUUCAUCAAACAUCACCUGUAAAACCAGGAGAAUCAAUUAAUAAAGUUAAUAUGCCAACAUCACAAAAUGUACCUAUUGGAUCACCGUCAAAUAAUUAUCCACCCUGGGCAAAUCCAUCUGCAAAACCUGGAUCUGUUCCUCCAAUUGGAUCUCCAUCUGCACCUUAUCCAAAUACUCGCCCUAUUGGGACACCGUCAGCUUCAGCACCAUAUCCAGCUAACCAUCCAGUAGGAAUGCCACAUCCAUCAAACCCAUCUACUGGAAUAUCUUCUGCACCAUAUCCAAAUUCUCAUCCAGUUGGAAUGCCAAAACCUUCCAACCCAAAUACUCCCAUAGGUUUUCAUCCUCCUGGACACUCAACAAACUCGAUAGGUCAACCACACCAAGCUCCAACACUUGGCAGCGGCGUUCCCCAUUCUCCAGGACAUGCACCAACUAAUUAUGGACCACCACCUGUUUAUGGAGCACCUUCAGGAACCCACGGUGGUUAUGCACCUCCACCACCUUAUUCUGGUGGUUAUUAUAAUAAUCCAGGAAUGAAUUAUCAUCCACCAGCUUAUGGACAACCUCCAAGUUAUCAUCAAUCUAUUGGAGCUGGUCAGCCUACUUAUAUGCAUCCUCCAGCAUAUGGUGGAGGAGGAUCUCAACCUUUUGUACCAGGUCAAAGUGUUAUUGUUCUUCCUAAUGCACCUAAAGAACCAGGACUAGGAUCCAUGGUGAAACAAGCUCUGGUAUUUUCAACAAUUAAUGCUGGUGUUAAUAGACUAAUAAAUGGUGCUCCUCAUCAUCACUGGCAUGAUAGUUCUUAUCAUCCCAGCAAUCCUACUGGUUCAACAUCAACAGUCACGAAUAAUACCACAAUUAUUAAUAAUAAUUACGGAGUACCUGAUGGUCAACAAAUCGGAACGUCAAGUGGUCCUUAUCCUAAUCAGUUCCCGAGUUCUUCAAAUAAUUAUCCAUCUAGUAAUCCAAAUUAUUAUCCUGGUGGAUAUAAUAACAAUAAUAAUAAUAAUAAUCCUAAUAGUGCUAAUACUCCUAACAGCUUUCCUACUCUUAAUCCUGGUAAUGCUCCUGUUGGAAAUAAUAAUAUUAAUAAUGGAAACAAUUUUCCAAAUCGAAUAUCUGGCAAUGUUGGUACCAAUUAUAACAAUACUAAUCAAUUCAAUGGAAACUUAAAUAAUGGAACUACUACUUCUCCACCCGAAGAAGUCAUACCAGUAACUUAUUAUAUUUCUGAAGAUGAAUUAUAUAAUUUAACUGAAAAAUUAUUUGCUCAAAAUGAAUUAAAAACAAAUCAACGACUAUAUGUUUUGAAUUUACAACAAAAAGUCUCGAAUGUUUCGAAUGUCAAGGAUGAGUCACCAAAUCCAUUAUUUUACUUGGAUACUGCAGCAUAUUCCCAUCCUACAAUUUCUGUAUUACGUGAAAUGUAUGAAAAUUAUGAAUUUAAUUCAACAAAAAAAGAGAAUACGACCAAAAGUUCUAGAAUGAAGGAAAGUUUACUUAUUGAUACAUUUUUAACUACUGAUGUAAUGACUUCAGCGAUAAAGUGGCUACAAGAAAAAUACUACAUUGAACCCGAUGACUUUGAAGUCAAAGAUUCAUUGAGACACACAUGGUUUACUAAAAUGGAUGGCUAUACAUCAGGAUUUGAACGAAUUUUCAUGGCUGAAUGGUAUCCAGGUCCCAGUCUGUUAGGUGGACAAAAUUGGAUUUAUUUUGAUCACGAAGAGUAUCAGAAAAAACUCAAUUAUCUUUCAUAUGUUGAUAAAGUAAACAUUAAUAAUGAUGUUUCCUUGGUAAAAGUGAACAUUGAGAUGGCUGGAGUAGUUAAACCGAAUGUAACAAUGCUAAUUGGUACCCCUCCAGAAUUAGAAAUGGCUUUGUACACUGUCUGUUAUUAUGCUAGACCAAAUGACAUUUGUCCAGUAAAACUUGGAGGAGUCAAAUUCAACAUGUAUACACAUAGCUUCCGUUACUUUGGCAAGGAUCUUAUGGAUUUAGGAAUUAUUAUAUUCUGAUCCGACAUGGAAAAUCAAAAAGCCACUCCAAGAAAGGAACAAUAUCAUUGUAAAAAAUAUUUAGAAUAGAAUCAUAUAGGUACAUUAAACCAAAAAUGUCCACUGGAUAUUCUAGAGUUCUAGACACUUGUAAGUCUGUGUAUUUACAUUCAAUCGAUUUGAACUAUAAAAAAUUAUUAUUAAAUAAAUAUAAAGAUUUUUUAAUUAUGAUUGUUACAAAAAGUUCUACUUACAGCUAAGCAAAUGAUGGUUAAACCGAUGAUGAUGUAACUUGUAUUCAUCUUGAUAAUAAUAUUUUUAUAUCAAUAACAUAAAA